AGAAAAAAAAGAAGAAAAAAAGAAAAAGAAGAAAAUAAGAAAAAGAAGAAAAAGAAGAAAAAGAAGAAAAAGAAGAAGGAAAAAAAGAAGAGAAAGAAGAAAAGGAAGAAGAAAAAGAAGAAAAAAUAAAAAAUAAUAAUAAAAAAAAAGAAGAGAAAGAAGAAAGAGAAGAAAAAGAAGGAAAAGAAGAAAAAGAAGAAAAAGAAGUAGAGAAAGAAGAAAAAGAAGAAGAAAAAAAGAACAAAAAAAAAGAAAAAAAAGAAAAAGAAGUAAAAGAAGAAAAAGAAGAAAAAGAAGACAAAGAAGAAAAAGAAGAAACAUAAGGUGGAAGAGAAAAAGAGGAAGAAAAAGAAGAAGAAAAAGAAGAAAAAGAAGAAGAAAAAAAAGAAGAGAAAGAAGAAAAGGAAGAAGAAAAAAAAAAAAAAAAAAAAGAAGAAUAAGAAAAAAAAAGAAAAAGAAAAAGAAAAAAAUAAGGAAAAGAAGAAAAAGAAGAAAAAGAAGAAAAAGAAGGAAAAGAAGACAAAGAAGAAAAAGAAGAAAAAUAAGAAAAAGAAGAAGAAAAAGAAGAAAAAGAAGAAGAAAAAAAAGAGAAAGAAGAAAAGGAAGAAGAAAAAGAAGAAGAAAAAAGAAGAAUAAGAAAAGAAGAAAAAAGAAAAGAAAGAAGAAAAAGAAGAAAAAAAAGAAGAAAAAAAAGAAGAGAAAGAAGAAAAAGAAGAAAAGGAAGGAGAAAAAGAAGAAAAAAAAGAAGAAAAAGAAGAAAUAGAAGAAAAAGAAGAAAGGGAAGGAAAAUAACAAAAAGAAGAA